UUGUUUUUGAAGACGGAACGGUAUUGCUAAUCUUUACAAGUACAAGCUGCUAUCGUUUAGUUUUAAUAUAUUAAAAGAUCACUUUUAGAUAUGAAUUUUAUUUCUCAAUAAACAAUGGAAGGGGCCUACCAAGACAAAUAUUCGUUUGUCGGCGAAUGGUACGACAGCCAAGCCAGCGUAACACGACGAUACAAUGUAUUUUAUUUUCCGUAUGACGAUACCGUAGAAAUGUAUGAUUUGAAAACUCGUAAAACCUUUGUCCGAAGGGUAAAAGUAAAUGGCAUUAGUUUGGAUAAGUUUUGUAUUGGUGGUACUCUGUUAAUUUUAGGACGCCUUAUUAAAAUAGUAGAUUUCGCUUGCGAAGACACCAGAAAAAAAAUACAGAAAGAUAUGGAAGUGACAUUUGCAAUGAUCAAACCUAUACCAACUAACAUUGUUGGAAAAAUUGUCACACAAUUGAAUGCUCAUGGACUACGCAUUUCUAAAAUGAAAAAAGCUUGCAUAACUGCAGAUGACAUAAAUUUUAUUUAUAGACAUAUGCUUACAGAUCCUACAUAUGCAUAUACAAUGGAAUAUAUGCAAGGGCAACUAGUAAUAGGCAUGGAGUUAGUGGGGAAUAAUGCAGUGGCAGCAUGUAAGGAAUGCAUUGGUGACAUGGACCCGCUGAAGGCUGCUCCUGGUACUAUAAGAGCCCUCUACGGAUCUGAUGCUGUGAGAAACUGUGUGCAUGCAUCACCAACUCCAGAACAUGCUUUAGAGGACAUAGCAUAUUUCUUCAGCACGCGGCUGCGUCUCACGGCCACGCUGUCCAACUGCACGCUGUGCGUGGUGAAGCCGCACGCCGUGCGCGACGGCAAGCUCGGCGCCGCGCUCGAGACCAUCGCCGACGCGGGCUUCGAGGUCUCCGCUCUCAACAUGCUCAUCGUUGAGACGGUUAACGCCGCUGAGUUCUAUGAGGUCUACAAAGGCAUCGUGCCUGAGUAUAAGGGCAUGGUGGAGGAGUUGUCGAGCGGCGCGUGCGUGGCGAUGGAGCUGCAAGCCAAGGACAAGUCCCUCAACACAGCUGUCGAGUUUCGGAAGUUGGUCGGCCCUUUCGAUCCGGAAAUCGCUCGGUUGCUUCGGCCGCACACGCUCCGCGCCAAGCUCGGCGUGACCAAGGUGCAGAACGCCGUGCACUGCAGCGACCUGCCCGAGGACGGCCUGCUCGAGGUCGAGUACUUCUUCAAGAUCCUGGACUCCUGAACAAAGACUGCUACCUCCACAGAUUAUUAUAAUACCAUAGACAUGUAAAGUCAGAAUUUAAAACGCGCAAACCUUGACGGAGAUGGCGCUGCAACCGUUCAAAAUAAAUACGCCAACUCUAUAGAAAUAUCAAUUAUUACAUUACAGAUUUUUGGA